UCCGAUCGGUCGGUCGUUUGCAAACAGUGAAACCGCAAACGCAAAUUGAACUUCUGUAAUAGUGCAAAUGAAACACGAACGUACGAGUCUGUAAUAGAUUGGCGGGGACUUUUAGUCAGGAAAUUAACAAUUCAAUUGAUGUGGUGCGGUUUAUCCCAGUAAUCCCGAUCAUGAUCGUCGGGGUAUAAUCUCUGAGAUUCCACUUGUGUUUUAGUGCAUUUUUACUACGUUAGUGGAAGGUUUAUGUGAUUUUUGUUAAUUUUGCAUACGUGCUAAGUCCUGGUGAGAUCCAAGGGAAAUGUACCGGACGUGUCAGAAUUGAUGUGCUUAUAAACCACAACUGGUGAAAAUUGAUUGCCAAUGUGAAAACAAAUUAGCCGCUACUAAGUUGUGCCAGUGAAUUAGUGAAACCGUAAUUUAGUCACCUCGUCGAUUAGAUUCCUCAUCAGAACAAACCUUGCGGCAUCGGUGGUCCGUAAUGGCAGGUGUUGUGAAUCGAUCAUUCGUCGGCGACGUUGCCGACGGGUCCUGCGUUGAAAACCCCUCGCCAUUGGUGGUGAACGGUGAUAAGCACCCAGUGUCAAUCGAAACUGGUUCCAACGAGUCCGGUUCAGGAGAGAGAGAAAAAUGGGACAAAGGAGUAGAGUUUCUGUUGUCCUGCAUUGCCAUGUCGGUGGGACUAGGCAAUGUGUGGAAAUUUCCUUCGACUGCCUUCAAAAACGGUGGCGGGGCUUUCGUGAUUCCCUAUCUGAUUGUACUGCUUUUCGUGGGAAGGCCGGUAUACUACCUGGAAAUGGUAAUGGGCCAAUUCUCCAGCCGGGGCAGUGUUAAAGUGUACGACGUCUCACCAAUUAUGAGAGGAAUUGGUGUCGGUCAGAUGAUUGCCAUGUCCAUCGUAAUCUCGUACUACGCGGCCACAAUUGCGGUAGCAAUUCGAUAUUUUUUCGCAUCGUUCGCCAGUGAACUACCGUGGGCUAAGUGUGAUCCCUCGUGGACCGACGUAAACUGUGUCGACUCUACCAGUCUCACCGGCAAAUCAGGCUUCAUCAACUCGACACUUCCCGUCGAAACGUCGGCCGAACUGUACUACACUCGCUCGGUAACGGGCGAAGCGUUUCUGGUGGGAAGUGAGAUAGGUCUUCCCGAUUGGCGCCUCGGUCUAUGCUUGCUGUUCAUUUGGGUUUGUAUGACCUUUAUGCUGAUCAAAGGAAUUCGAGGCUCUGGGAAGAUAUCCUACUUCUUGGCGCUGUUUCCGUACGUAGUCAUGGUGUUCUUUGCCGUGUAUUGCUUCUCGCUGGAGGGAGCCAUGGAUGGUCUGCUGUAUUUCAUCAAACCGGACUGGCAACAGCUGUUGAAUCCUACGGUGUGGAAAGAGGCAGUCUCCCAGUGUUUCUUCUCUCUGUCCAUCUGCUUCGGAGGUGUGAUCGCAUAUUCUUCGUUCAACAAUUUCUCCAACAACAUCUACCGGGAUGCGAUGAUCAUCUCCUGGCUGGAUACAUUUACUUCUUUGCUUUCCGGAGCGAUUGUGUUUUCGAUCAUCGGCCAUCUAGGGGUGAUUACCAACGAGACGGAUUACACCAAGGUGGUCUACCCAGGAAGUGGACUCACGUUCAUCACCUAUCCGGAUGCGUUAGCCAAAUUCCAACACGUGCCAAAUUUAUUUUCGUUGUUGUUCUUCUUCAUGCUGUUUGUGCUGGGAAUCGGAAGCAAUACCGGAAUCAUCACCAGCGUUAUUACAGCAAUUCGGGAUGAGUUUCCGGACAUGAAAAGUUGGAAAAUUGUUUUGGUGAUUAGCGUGCUAGGAUUUUCGUCAGGAUUACUAUUUAUCACUCCGGCAGCUUCACGGCUCAUCGAUUACGUUGACUUCUACGGUGUGACUUUCGUAACGCUAACACUGGCAGUAGCCGAACUGGCCUGUUUUUGCUGGAUCUAUGGUGUACAACGUAUUUCUCGUGACAUCGAGUUUAUGCUCGGAGUUAAAACCAGCAUCUUAUGGCGAGUGUGUUGGAAGUACGUUACUCCAACUGUGAUUGCGGUUAUAUUAGUAAUUACUUUCAUAACCGGUGAAGAACCGCAAGGUUUCCCCGUAGGAUAUCAUAUUUUAGGCUGGCUGAUCUACGCCAUGGCCAUCGUUCCGCUACCAAUUGUAGCCAUUUCAGCAGUGGCAUCUCAACCAAAAGGCAGUAUUAUGCAAAAAAUAGUGGCAGCCAGCCGACCAUUAGCCGACUGGGGUCCGGAAAACAUUUCGCUGAAGAAGAAAUAUGACGAUUUUACUGAACACUAUCAGCGAACUGGUUCUCGCAAUAUACUGCAACGGGUCCUAUUCAGACGAGAAAAGGUCUAUUCAGUUAAUAUUUAGUAUAAGUACUACCCACUAGGCUGUCGAAUUAGGACAAAUUCCAAUUGCUUAAUUGUGACGAUUUCAUUCAUAUUGUGAUUUUAUCUUUAACUUCCUGUAAUGCUUUACCAACUAAUAGACGCUACUGUCGCGAGGCAGUCAGUAUUAGUAUUACAAUUGCGCUAAAUAUAAGUUCCGACCGGUUCAUCACUAGCAGUGCAUUUUGAUCUCGCGUUCUAGGCUGUGGGAAGAACAUGUCUAAUCCGGGCAGACCUCUGAGCCCAUUACCCCAGCCGUAACCGGAAUCGUUCUCACCCACUACUGUAGAAGAUUAGCGGGUUAAAUCAAUGCGUCAGCAGUACAAUUAGCAAUAUCAGAGUCAUGAUCAUCAAAGUUAUUAUCAUACAAGCUUGCGCCUGCGGAUGGCAGCUUCGCAAGCGAUCGUAACCGAGGCCUGUCUGCGAAAAAAUUAAACUAGGUAGUAGCCAAGCAAGUUUUAUUUUAAAAUUCUUCCAUUGAUUGUAGAUUUAUGUAGAUAUGUUAAAUUAUUGCCAAGAAUCUGGAUUGAUUUUUUUAAAUAAAUGUGACACAAACUAGAAA